CUCGAGUCGAACCCAUAUAAGAUCAGAAAACAGCGCUCCCCCUCCUAUCGAAACAUCGAAACCAACAGCGACAACAAGAAGAAAGAACCACCGAAACUUGUAACAAUAACAAUAACUAUAACAAAAAAGAAAAGAAAAAGAAAAAAAGCAAAAAAGCAACAACAAUACAGUAAGAACGUAUAUGUCAGCCUUAUCUUUUGAAUAUCAGAUGGAUCAAACACAUUUCGAGCAGGGUAGCAACAGCAGCAGCAGCAGCAGUAGUGGCCGAGACAGCUACAGCUCAGACAGUGCCCAGAGCAGCAAACACUCUUCUCCUGCGCCAUGCUCGAACCGAUCAGAGUCCAGGCGGGGUUCACCUGGACCGACAACGACAACGACGACAACGACGACGACGACGGCGACGAUGACGACGAAGGGCCCGAAGGGGAAGCUCUUUCAGUGCACCGGCUUUGGGGACUGUCGCAUGGUCUUUACGCGCAGUGAACAUCUCGCUCGACACGCAAGGAAGCACACAGGCGAGAAACCAUUCCAAUGUGUAGUAGAGGGAUGCACCCGGAUGUUCAGUCGGUUCGACAAUAUGGUCCAGCACACGCAGACCCACACGAAGGGUGCGCGUCGUGAAUCCGCUGCCGGGAUCGCGUCCAAGAUUGCGAUGGAAAGUCGUCGCAAGAGUGAGGUCGGUUUACUCGGCCCGUCCACGGUUGUCCGUCAUGGCGGUGGUGGUGGUGGUGGUGGCGGUGGAGGCACGGGGUCGAAGGCACCGAGGUCCAAACGAAACUCGAUCUCCUCUGGGUCUGGGUCUGGGUCGGAACCGCAUACGAACUCUAUUGGCCGAAGGAGCCGGGUCCAUUCCAUAUCGACGAUCCGCGCUUCUGCCGUUGGCGUUCCUGCUACUACUGCUGGUGCUGGUGCUGGUGCUGAUGCUGAUGCUGCCUUGACUGCCUCGGAUGAUCAUGCACAUGAGGGUCGUGGGAGGCAUUUAGACUCUACGGCGCUAUCACCUCUACCACCGCCAGCGCCAGCACCAGCACCAGCACCAGCACCAGCAUCGUCACGCUCUACUACCACUACUACCGCUUCUACUACUACUACUACCGCAACCACUACUUCCCGUACACGUGCCUCAUGUGAGUCUUCCGCAGGGGCUCCCAAGGAUACAAACAAGACUCGGAAGAAGAGCCAGACGUUACCAUCAUCAUCCAGCGCACGGCGAGCGUCUGUAGGGUCGUCUCUGAGUACGUCCUCAACGUUGUCAUGGUAUGCCUCCAAGCUUCAACACAAAUCGAGUCAUCACGAUAUGUCGCCGUAUGGUCGUUACGGGACCUUGGAUGCACACCUGCCCCCAUUAAAUCUGGCGCAGUACGGGUACGCGAUGGAUCAUGCUGAUUACCGUUGCACCCGGCAUCCGCUCUCACCCGAUCGGUCGUCCCUAUCAGAGGAAGAUGGAGAGGACGGGGGAAGGGAGGAGGAAGAGGAUUCGGACGGGGUGAAUCGAUAUGAUUCUUCGAUGGCACGCGUCAGGCGAGACAAUCGGCAGCAGCAGCGGCAUACGUGGAAUGGGGUGAUGGAUUCAAAGAAUCAUUUUACACUCCCGCCGCUGAGGAACUCGGAGGAGUUGGGGUCCGCAGCUGAGGGUGGUGGUGGUAUUGGUAUUGGGGAUGGGGAGGGGGAUGUUGACGGUCAUCGUCCACAACGAUUGCCAUCGAUCUCAUCGUCCGGCUGUAGGUCCCGGAGCAUCAGCUACGACUGUGGCUCUGACCAUGAAUCAUACGGGACCAAGGCAAGGCGCCGACUAUCGCUUGCGGAUCUGGAGGCACCGAUCUAUGAGACCAAGAAGGUGGUGGAUCACUCGAUCGAGACACAACAGGCACAGUUCGAGGGGGUGGACGUCUCGGAGGAGGAGAUCCAUGCGUUGGAGGCCUUUGGGGAAUUAUGGUCGCAAGGACGGGAUAUCGAAAUGGACGGACCACCGUCGUUGUCAUUCUCGUUCUCGUUCUCGUCGUCGCCGUCGUCGUCUUCUUUGUCCUUGGAUGGGAACGGUGGUGGCAGCAAGGGACCAGGAGUGGGACCGGGAGUGGGAGUGGGAGUGGGGUCGGAACCUGUUGUGAAGAAAGAGUUCGAGCAGGUGGUGCCUGGAUUGGAUACGGGUCGUCGGUCUCUGCGCGGGAAUGAGUCGCUUGAUUCGAAGAUCGCGGUGGAGAUGAGUAUGGACCUGGAUUAGCACACUACGCACACUACGCACACACUACACACACACGCACAUUGAAGGGAAGUGUCGCGACUUUUCUGAUUGUAUUUUGUCCAUUGACCAACACACACGAGCGCGUUCAAUUGCGCUUUAUUCUUUUUUUUUUCUUCUUCUUUUACCAAAGAAAAGAGAAAGAGAGAGAGAGAGAAAAGGGGGGAGGCAACGCACGGAAGUACCAGCUUGCUUGAAUCCUCUCAUCCUUUGUAUAUAGUUUCUAUCGCCUUCUUUUUUUCCCGCGCG